UUGUUCUGUUGAGAAAAUGGAUUGCUGGGGGUGUGUGUCAAUCUUCAGUCCAAUUACGCGGCAAGACGGUGUUGGUCACCGGUGCCAACACCGGUAUUGGCAAGGAAACGUGCCGUGACAUGGCACGUAGAGGGGCGCGGGUGGUGAUGGCAUGCCGGGACCUGACACGGGCUGCGAGGGCGGCGGACGAGAUUCGUCAGGCCACGGGGAACAGCAACAUCGUAGUGCGGCACCUGGACCUGGCCUCUAUGUACUCUGUCAGAGAGUUGGCCAGAGAGUUCACUGCCAGUGAGGAUCGCCUAGAUAUACUCAUCAACAAUGCCGGUGUGAUGAUGUGCCCUAAGUGGCUAACAGAGGACGGCUUCGAGACACAACUGGCUGUCAAUCACCUCGGACACUUUCUGCUGACCAAUCUCCUUCUGGGGAAGCUCAAGAGCUCCGCCCCUAGCCGUGUGGUCAAUGUAUCUAGCAUUGCACACAAAGGGGGUAAGAUCCAGUUUGAUGAUCUCUUCUUUGCCAAGAGGCCGUACAACUCCCUGGUCAGUUACAGGCAGAGCAAGCUGGCCAACGUGCUAUUCUCCAGAGAGCUGGCCAGAAGGUUGAAAGGUACGGGGGUGACGUCCUACAGCCUGCAUCCCGGGGUGAUCAGGACAGAGCUGACUCGCCACGUGGAGACCUGGUUCCCCAUGCUGAGGGCCAUCCUGUCAGCCCCCUCCGUGCUCCUCAUGAAGACCCCCACCCAGGGUGCCCAGACCUCCAUCUACUGUGCUGUCACCCCAGGGCUGGAGCACAAGUCUGGCAGCUACUUCAGUGACUGUGCCAUGACGGAGACCGCCCCAGAGGGGAGGGAUGAUGCGGUGGCCAAGAGGCUUUGGAAGGAGAGCGCCCGUCUGGUGGGUUACAUAGAAAAAGACUGA